GUUUUUAUGAUCGAAAUGAUUUAUUAUAGAAUGUGAAACACAACAUGUAUAUAAUUUUAAGUCAUACAAUAUAUAAUAUAACACAAUUUUUAUGUUCAUUCAAAGGAAUAAAUAAAAUAUUUCUUGUAACUUUUAAUUCAAAAAUAUAUAAUAAAUAUUAUACUUUUUAUAAUAAAUCGCAUAUAAUAUCACAAAAUAAUUCAUGGAAAGUAUUAUUUUUUGGCACAGAUGAAUUUGCAGUUGAAAGUUUGAAAAUCUUGUAUGAUAAAUAUGAAUCUAAAGAGCUAGAACGGCUAGAAAUUGUUACAAAUUAUAAAAUAAAAGAAAAUCCUGUUAUAAAAUAUGCAAAACAAAAUAAAAUUAUUAUACAUAAAUGGCCAAUUGAAAUUAAUAAAUCAGAGUUUCAUAUUGGAAUAGUUGUCUCAUUUGGUCAUUUAAUUCCAUCUACAAUCAUAAAUGCAUUUCCAUUAGGUAUGUUAAAUGUACAUGGUAGUUUAUUACCAAGAUGGAGAGGAGCAGCUCCAAUAAUUCAUACAUUAAUUAAUGGAGAUUCACAAACAGGAGUUACAGUAAUGAAGAUAAUGCCAAAAAAAUUUGAUAUAGGAGAAAUAGUAUUGCAAAAACAAAUAGAUAUUGAUGAACAUGAAACAAUGCCAAAAUUAUAUACAAAACUAGCAAAGCUUGGAGCAAAUCUUUUAAGAACAUUUGAAAAUUUAUUAGAAUUAUUACAAUUUGCAAAACCUCAAGAUGAAACUAAUGUAACAUAUGCACCAAAAAUAACAUCAAAAAUAUCUUUAGUUAAUUGGAAUAAAAUGUCUGCCACAAAUGUAUAUAACUUACAUCGUGCUCUUCUAGGUUUAUAUGAUUUAACUACAUCAUUUCAAAAUGUAAAAAUAAAAUUGCUUGAUAUUCAAAAAAUUGAAUCAAAAAUAAUAGCAACAAAACUUAAAGAAGAAAAUGCAGGUGUUGCAAUAUAUAGCAAAAGGAAUAAUGCAUUAAUUAUAAAAUGCAAAGAAAAUAGUUUUGUUUCUGUAAAAAAAAUAACUGUUCAAGGUGAUUUUUUAACUGGUGGAUCAAGACAGGUGAAGUGGUAGCAUUUUUUACAUUCAUCACACCUGAAAAAUUAAAAUUAAUAAAUUCAUAAAUUCGGAAUUUGUUUAAAAAAAUAAAUAUUUAAUGUAUUUAUAUGAACUAACAUAACGAGAUUUUGACUGGUGCCAGGCAUAUCACAAACAUUGCAAUGUGUUAAAAGGUCUAUAUCUUUUCCUCUUUUUCCGUUCCUGUAGAUGUUCUACUUGUAUUAUUAGUAGAUGCAUUUGAUGUUACAGGUGCAGUAUUUGAAGUCAAAGAUGGAACAGGUGGAGGUGGUAGUUUAGGAAGUGGCGGUGGUGAUGUAAUUUCUGUACUAGUAGAUGUGGCAACAAACAUUUGUGGGCUUGAUUCUGAUGCUAUAUCUCCCUCUGGCCUUGGAAUUGGUUUUAUCUGUUUAAUAAAAAAAAAAUAAGAUAUAUUUGAACAUACAUAAUGUUAAAGUUUACUUAUAAAUAUUUA